AUGUCAACUCCCCGUCCUCCGGGAGAAACCAGAGGACGCCCGAAAGACUCGGGCCCACCCCCGGCGUCCCGAGAUCCUCCCCUGCAGGUCCACCCUCUUCGAACCAGCCCGAGGCUCCCAUUCCAGUCCCGGAGGAAGAGGGGUCCACCUGAGGCCGCAGGGGCAGCCAAUAGGCAGUCCCCUCCACCCCGCGAGCCGUUGCGUUCCCCACUCCCGCGCGACCCCCUGGAAGGGUCCCCGCAGCCCAGCCCGCGCGGGCGCCCGCCGUCCCCGCCGGGAGGAGCGGCGGGAAGGCCGCGCCUUCUCUCCCCUCAGGAUUACCUCGCAGCGCGAAGCCGGCUUUGUGCUUCCCUCCCUCCUUCUCCGCGGCCGCCGGAGCUGCAGCCGCCGCGCGAUCCUCCACCGCCGCCUCUUAAGCGCCGCACGGCUCCAGAGGGGAGGGCAGAAGGGGAGGGGGCCGGUCCCGCGACCGUUACCGGCAGGCGGCUGGCGCUCUGGCGGGACUGGCCGAGCGCCCACCGAGCGUCCCCUGGCCCCGCCCCUAAGGCCCCGCCCUUAGGCCCCCGGGCUCCCCUGGCUCCACCCCCACAGGCCCGCCCCUCGCAGCCCCCGAACGCUCAUGGCCCCGCCCCUCGGAAUCACAGGAUGUUCCUGGCCCCGCCUCCUCAAGGCCCCGCCCCGCGCGGCCCCUCGCGGCCCCUCGCGCCCCCUCGCGCCCCCUCGCGCCCCUCCAAAGCUUUGCUUCGAUUAGCGGCGUCCCCUGAGGGUCGGAGGAGUAAACGACCCCGACGGAAACCAGACUACAAGCGGGAGGAGGGGAGCCUCGGAGAUGCCGCCCUCCCUAACCUGAGCGAGCCACCCCCGCCCAGCUCCCGAGGCCAAGACACAGCUUUCAGAGUCAGCUUCAGCCGCCCGCACCGGCUGCUGGGUCUUCAGCGGGAGGCCACUGCUAAGGUUCCACCUCCGCACGCCCCCCGUAGGAGGGGCCUGGGUAUUCUCAGCACAGUUGCCUUUGGGGGCGCCUCUUUCCCCUGCUCACCUCCACUGAGAGGCCGGGCAAGGGCUCUCUCCAUGAGCUCCACUUGCAUCUGUCGAGGGUUUCCACACGGACGUUGGCCCCUGGCCUUGAGACCUUAUGAGAGCUGA